GGCUCGGCGGCGCGGCGGAGGCCGGCGGGGUCGGAACGUCGGGAGCGGCGGAUCUGGGUCGGCUGUGGCAGGGGGGGCCGGGAGCGACCGCCCCUAUCGGCAUCGGGAGAGGGAUCGGGGCCCAUCGGGGCCGGGACAGCGCGCACAGGCCGCCCCCACCGGCGCCGGGACCCCCCGCCCUUACAGGGACACCCCGACACCAGCACCGGCCCCCAGCGGGGCUGGCCCCGCCGCUGCGUGCCCCGCAGCCCCGCUCCUCUCCCAUAGGGACCCGCUCCUUUGCGCUGGGCCCCGCCCUCUGACUCAGGACCCCGCCCCCUCCUAGCGAUCUCCUCCCUUCAGCACGGAGCUCCGCCCCCCCACAGCCCCUGCCCCUUACUGAUAGAGCUCCGCCCAUCCUGUAGAGCCCCAACCCCCUUGGCCACGCCCCCCACAGGCACCUGACGUAGCCUGUAUAGCCACGCCCCUUUCUGCUAGUGUCACGCCCCCUCUGCUAGGGCCUGCCCUUCUCCAUAGAGAACCGCCCCUUCCCUUAGGCCCCGCCCCUCACAGGACUCCGCCCCCUGCAAAGCACUGUUCUGUGCACUGCUCUGCCCCUCCCACCCUUAGCCCCGCCCAUCCUGCCUUUAACCCUGCCCCUCUCGCCUUUAGCCCCUCCCAUCUGUAGCCCUUCCUGCCUGUAGCCGCACCCUCCCACCUUUGGCCCCUCCCACUUUUGACCCCACCCUGUCACCUGAGCCCCACCCUUCCCACCUUUAGCCCCACCCUCCUGCCUUUAGCCCCCCCCACCUCCAGCCCCACCCUCCUGCUUUUACCCCCUCCCAUCUUUAGACCCACCCAUCCACCUUUGGCCCCUCCCACCUUUGGCCCCUCCCACCUUUGGCCCCUCCCCUCCUGCCUUAACCCCACCCACCCCACCUUUGUCCCCUCCCAUCUUUAGCCCCGCCCUCCCAUCUUUCUCUAGCCCUGCCCCUCCCACCUUUAGCCCUGCCCCUCUCACCUUUAGACCCGCCUGUCCCACCUUUAGACCCUCCCUUCCAGCCUUUAGUGCCUCCCCCACCGCCUUUAGAGCCCCCCCUCCCGCCUUUACCCCCUCCCCCCCCACCUUUACCCCCUCACCCCCCGCCUUUAGAGCCUCCCCCCCCGCCUUUAGAGCCCCCCCUCCCGCCUUUACCCCCGCCUCCCCCGCCUUUACCCCCGUCUCCCCCACCUUUAGGUGCUCCCCCCGACCUUUAGCCCUGCCCUCCCGCCUGUAGCCCCGCCCCUCCCGCCUGUAGCCCCGCCCUCGGCCCCGCCCCACCAUGUCGGAGGCGGUGCUGCUGCUGCGGCGGGCGCGGGAUCGCGGCGGGGACGCGCCGGCACCGGGCUCGGCGGGCUCGGCCGGGGGGGUCCCCGCGGCGGGAGGCCCUUCCCCCCGCCGCAAGCGCGGCCGCCGCCGCCGCUUCUACCCCGAGCACCGGGUGUACCGGGCGCGCUGCUCCUUCCUCGACCUGAGCGAGGAGCAGGUGCUGCGGCGUUACCGGCUGGACAAAGCCGCCAUCGCCGGGCUGUGCCGCGAGCUGGGCGCCGACCUGGAGAGCCUGACGGGCCGCAGCCACGCGCUGCCGGUGGCGGUCAAGGUCACGUCGGCUCUCACCUUCCUGGCCUCGGGCUCCUUCCAAACGGCGACGCGCGCCGCCACCGGCAUCAGCCAGUCGGCCAUGUCCAACUGCCUGGCCCAGUUCCUGGAGGCGCUGCAGCGGCGGGCGCCGCGGUACAUCGCCUUCCCGCCGCCCCCCGCCGCCGCCCCCGCCCCCGCCGCCGCCGCCUUCCCCGGCGUCCUGGGCCUGGUCGGGGGGAUGCACGUCGCCCUGAGGGCUCCGUCCGAGAACGAGCCGGCGUAUCGCAACGCCGGCAAUUACCACUCCAUGAACAUGCAGGUGGUCUGCGACGCCGCCGGCGCCAUCACCAACGUCGUGGCCAAAUUCCCCGGUUCUUGCCCCAACGCCGCCGUCUUGGAGAAUUCCGCUUUGGCCCGGCUGCUGGACGGGGCUCGGCCCGACGGCGCCUGGCUGCUGGGCGACCGCAGCUACCCGCUGAAGCCGUGGCUGAUGACGCCCAUCGCGGCGCCCCGCGGCGCGGCCGAGGAACGGUACAACGCGCUGCACCACCGGGCGCUGGCCGCCCUCCGCCGGACCCUCGCCCUGCUGCGCCUGCGCUUCCGCUGCCUCGACAAGGGGCGGGGGUGCCUCCAGUACGCCCCCCAGAAAGUCUGCCAGAUUUUCCUCGCCUGUUGCAUCCUCCACAACAUCGCCCUGCGCCGCCGCAUGCCGCUGGAGCUGCCCGAGGGGCUCCCCCCCCCCGAAACCGAGCCCGACCUCCCGCCCCUGCCGCCCCCGCCCGGGCAGAUCUCCAGCGAGGCCCGAGCCGUGCGGGCCCGCAUCGUCCAGCAGGUCAAGGAUGGCCUCGGCUGAGACACGCGCGCACCCCCCCCCACACCGGGUUUGGGGGGGCUUGGUCCCUUGGGGGGGGCUUGGUCCCUUGGGGGGGGCUCUGUUCCUCUUGGGGGGGGGCUCUGUC